AGAAAGCUCCAGAUCGUCGUUAUUUUUCACUAUAACAACUUGGUAUGUAAAUCAGAGAAAUAUUGGAGUAGGUACGAGGAACAAAAAUCCACCAUGUCGACAGCCACGAUAAGACUUAUGCAGCCUGAAGACGUGGCCGAAGUAAGUCGUUUGACAGAGACGGUGUCGUGGAAUUUCGGCCAGGAGGUUAUUGGGGCUCUCUUUGAAUCCAGCCCAGAAGGAUCGUUUAUUGCUGAGUUGCAAGGGAAAGUUAUAGGUGUUGUAAUGGGAUUUAACCUGAGUGAAGAGGAAGCCUUUGCAGGAAUAUGGGUCGUCAGUAAGAUGCACCGCGGGCAGCGUAUUGGUACAAGGUUGUGGCAGAAGAUGAAAGAGUACAUUGGGGAUAGGAACCUUGGUAUAUUCUCUGUGGCAGAAAGAGUGGAGCCCAACAAAAGAUUGGGUUUUACAGUGGCAUCAUGGAAUGUACGCCAUGUAUCCGGUACCAUCGCAACAGAAAAGAUAAAGUUGUCAGAAGAUUGUAUAGUAUCUGCGUUUCCUUCACAAGGCGUGCAGUUUGAUGCCCUGAUUCAAUAUGACACCAAAAUACACUCCAUUGAACGUGAAAGGUUUCUAAGAGCUUGGAUUGAGGGGAAAUCGACCAUAACCUUGGUUGCUCUAGGCCGGGCAGGAGAAAUCGUGGGUUACGGUGUCAUAAAGCGUGAUUCCAACAAUACUACCCUUAUUGGCCCACUUUAUGGUGAAACUCCCACCAUUAUGAAAACCUUACUGGUCAGCUUAAUCGGCAAGACUACUUUUGGUGAAACUGUGGACAUGUGGGCACCUGCUGAGAGUGAGGUUAUGCAAGAAUUACUGACUGAGAAUAAAAGUACACUUUCAGAAGUUCAUGCAGAAGUGACCCGGAUGUUUUACCGUCAUGACGUGAAGGCUCCACAGGAAAAGAUAUUUGCAAUUGCGUCAGCAGCAGUGGCUCAUCAUUGUUGAAAUUCAGUGAUGACAAAUUGAGUCAACCCAUUAGUGAUGCCAUGGAAAAUAACUAAUUAGAUUUUACAGAAGGGAGGAAUGAGGUCAGAUGGAAAAUGAGUAAACUGUUAAGCAAUUUUUCUCGAAAUACAAAUUAGUCAGCUGAGGUUUUUGACUUUCGUCUUCUUACGUUUUGUGGAAUGGGUCGGGGGAGGGGUGGAUUAUUUAUCAUUGAAUAAAAGGAAACAUCAUGGCAAACUCACGAAGAAGAAGAAGAAUUUAGUUUGUUUUUAAAAGGUUUUAAAAAGAAUUUUUGUUCAAGUAGUGCAAGAAGUACACAAACAUUGAAUAAAUUGGCAAAAUGUGAAAAUGUUCAUAAUUUUGCAAGCAUAAAGAUGGAACGUGUAAAUUUAGACCCCAGUACUAUGAAGAGUAACUUUUUAAAACAUACUGACUUUUAACUUUCUAAUUCAACGUUAACUUUAAAUUUCGUCCGUUAAUGUGGUUAGACUCUGAGAUAUGAAACCUCAAUUUUUGUGAUAAUUUAUGAAGAAAAUAUGUUGUGUGAGCUUUUAAUAAAUAUAUUUAUGUCAGUAUACAUGUUCUAGUAUUAUAUUAAGGUAUCAUUUGGCAUCCAAAGCCUGAAAAAUUAGAGGAUCGUUGCAUAAGUAAAUUAUUCCCGGUGUUAAGCACACUCAUUGGCAUGGCAAUAAAGAUGUCUUUGAAAAGUAUAUUGAACAGUGGUUGGAUUAGAGCUGUCUUGCACAUGACCAGUGACUGCUGCCACCUAUUGCCAAGAAGUCUUUGGGCCCCUUUAGGAAUUGAAAUAAGCAACACUUUUACAUUGUUUGAAAUUAAGUAAUUUAUUGUGAGAUGUUGGUACAAACAUGUUGGGUUUUAGGUUAAUUAAAGCAACAGUACUUCCCAAUAAGUCCUUCAUGUAUACUCAAACAAAUUUGAUAUUUUAUUUUGAAAUUGUUGUAAUUUCUA